AUGUUAAUCAAUUUUCAAAUCCUGAUUACUCUAUUUCUGAUUCUAGUUAUAUAUUUUUUGACAAAGGAAAGAUUGAUUUACUAUUAUAACUAAUAUAAAGCAGUAUUUAAAAAAUUAACAGAUGACUAUCAAGAUGAUGUUGCUAAUAUCUAAUAUAUUAAAGAUUAUUUUCCAAAAAUUUUUUAAAAGAAAAACUCUCCACUCUUACCAUCAUAGACAUUAAAAACAGAACAACCUAAAUUCAUUAUAAGACACUAUGAAGAUUUUUUAGUUGGUUAUUCGUAAAAUUUAUCAUAUUAGAUUAAAUGCAAAGAUAGAGAAAUAUUAUAUGGUUAAUUCUUUAAUAAAAAUUUUAAAGCUUAUACAGGUAUAGGAUUUUCAUACAAGGUAAGUUAUGAUAGUAAUUUUAAUCCAAAAUAUGAAUUGUAUGAAGGUGAAUUUAAAAAUGGAUUAAAGCAUGGCUAAGGUAAAUUAUUUGGAUCAAAAUCUGAGAAUGUUAUUUAAGAAGGUGUAUGGUAACAAGGUGAAUUGAAAUAAAAUUAGAAUAAUGAUUAAAACAAUAAUUAACAAUUAUAGUAAAAUGAUGAUCAUUCAACACAUUUUACGAUUAUUAUAAAAGAAGAUGAUAAAAUAAUAAAAUCAAAUCUAAAAAGAAGAGAGAAUUAAAGAUAAAUAGAGUAAUGGAUAAAAUUUAAUUAAUUGAUUUCAUAAAAUGAUAUAAAAAUAUUAAAGAGCAAAAAUAGAUGGUUCACAAGUUCAAUAAUAGAUAGCUUUGUUUUAUAUUUAAAUAUAUAAAUUGAUGAACAAUAUUUUAAAAUUGAUUUUAAUUAAAGAAAAUAGGCUUUAAGAUAAAUAUUUGUUCCAAGUUAUGUUUUUACAUAAAUGAAGAAUAAUACAAAAGAUAUCAAUAUAUAGAUUUUUAAAAAUCAUUUUCUAGAAUACAAGAAAAUUGAUUAUUAAAUAGAAAAGAUAUAUAAUAGAAUUAAUUUUAUUGUUAAUAGAAAUAACACUCAUUGGUUUUUAAUUUAAUUAAAUUUGAAAAAUUAUCAAAUGAUUGUUAUGGAUUCCAUUAUAUAUAAAGAAGAAUCAUACAAUUGUUUCAAAGAUAUACUUAAUACUAUUUUUUAGUAGUAAAUAACUAAAAUAGUUAUUUCUGAUUAAUGUAUACACUAAAAUAAUGGAUAUGAUUGUGGACCAUAUACUUGUUUACAUAUGUUAAAAUUAAGUGAAAUAUAAUUAAAUUUAGAAACUCCUUCUGAAAUAAGAAAAUUUUUACUUGAAUAAUUAAAAUAAAAUUGA